UCACCUUUCCUCGCCUACGCCUACCCCCACCACCUGUCACCCCAAUCCAAUUCCAAGCUGCGAGCUGUCGAGCUGCUGCACCUCCCCUCUCUCGCUAGUCGCUUCCAUUCCCUUCGUCACAUGGCGGCAAACCGCUGCACCGGCCUCGACCCAAUCUGGACCCACGCCGGCGCCAGCCACUGCUACUUCUCGUCGCCCCCCGGCUGCCUCACCUCCGCGGCCGCCUUCGAGAACUCGGCGCUCACCUCGGCGCUCCGCGCCUCCAUUGCGCCUGCCCACGCCAGCUCCGCCGCGGCCCGGCCCUUCUCCCCGUCCACCCCGUCCUCCUCGACCUCGUCCGCCUCCGAGCUCCUGUCCAGCGGCCACGACGCAGCUCCCGCGCCGGUGUCCAGCAGGCCGGGCCAGCCGCCCGCCGCCCGGGCCGUGGCGGGAGGACCUAGAGGGGGCCGCGUCGCCAAGCGCAAGCCGCGCCCGUCGCGGCGCCCGCAGACCACAUACAUCACCGCCGACCCCGCCAACUUCCAGCGCAUGGUGCAGGAGAUCACCGGCCUCCCCGCCCCUGGGCCCUCCUCCUCCUCCUCCCCCGCUGCCGCCGUCGCCGCGCCCAGCUGGACGCCCGCCGCGCCCGCGUGCGUGCUCCCGACACUGGACACGUCCGCUUUCUUCCUGCUCGACCGCGCCGCCGCUGCGCCAGCGCCGGUGGACAGGAGCCCGGGCGCGCGCGCGUGGACCGCGACGCACACGCACGCCGCCGUGGCAGCUGGGGCCGACGGCUCGGACUCGGCGGCGCUGCUAGAGCUGGAGGCACUGGUGCGCGCCAUUGAGGGCGAGUGUGGCUUCCCGGCCCUGGAGAGCUCGGGGCUCAUCUGAUGAGUUGGGAUUGGAGCUUUUGUCCGUCCGAAUGUCCGAUGGCACAUGAUCGGACGGCGGAUGUCGGUUGAGCCGAUGCCUUUGAGAUGUAUACUAGCAAGAAGUAUUAGGCUGCUGCCUGCUUUUAGUUGAGUACAUCUCUUCUCCAUGAGGAUUACAUGCAUGGUUCCUUCUAUUCUAGUCAGUUAAGGAGAUGACAGUGUUAAUUACUUAUUCCGUAAUGAAAUCUGAUGGCUUUCUUAACGUGAAGGCCUUUGCGUGUUCCCU